AUGCCAUCAAAUGAUAGCAAUUAUAGAGUUAACGAUAAUUUGAAUUCAUUUAAAAUCCUGAAGAGACCCGUGAAUAUGGAUAGGAAUAGGGAGAGGGAUAGUGUGUGCACUUCAGGCAACGACUCGAACCAAAACCAGACAAUUAUCACUCUGGAGGACAACACGAGAACACAAUACGUACCACAGGUUAGGAUAUUGAAGAGACCUAAUGCUAACUCUAAGGACACCAGCGAUCAGACGCUUACAAGCAAUAGAAAGUCAACGAAUGGUAACAAAAGUCAAACUAAUAAUAAGACAUAUGAAGAACGAGAGGCCGAGUACGCGAAGGCCAGACUCAGAAUCCUUGGCAGCGCUUCGGCACCUGAAGAGGACACCACUUCGACGCAAAGCACAUCAAUGGCCGCUACAUCUGCUGCUGCCGUCAGUAGUGGUACUAAAACGAAGACAUCGCCCGAAAGCCGAUCAACAAAAUUAGGUUUACUUAACAAUACUAAUGAAUUAAAUACUGUUCCCAUCAUUCGGUUACCGCUCGGACCCGACGGCACCAAAGGAUUCAGUGGACACAGUCUUCACAGUCCUCAACAUAGGUAG